GAGGAACCUGUUUGUGUGACUUGGACUCACCCCUUCAGGACCAGAACAGAAAAAACAGGAUGAGUGGAUCUGGACUUCACUGCAGGGGGCUCCUGAUGAGGUGUGACCUUUGACCCCUCGUCGUCAGAGUCACCUGCCCAACUACCUGAGGGGGUGUGGUCUGAGGAGCCAAAGGUCAUUACCAUGGCAGCGACCUCUGUGCUUGGCAGAGGGCUAGGUCUGGUCCUUGUAGAGUUUGAGUAUGAGUACCAGGGUCGGGACGGGUUGUUGGUCUCCAUCAAACCCAAUGAGCGAUAUGUACUGCUAGCAAAGACCAAUGACCACUGGUGGCAAGUUCGGCGUGACAGCAGCUCUAAGCCCUUUUACAUUCCUGCCAAGUACGUCAAGGAGCUGCCAGCGGAUUUCCCCUCCCCCUUGGAUUUUGAUGAUCCAACCAAUCCUGAGCCAGUGUUGGUUCCUGUGGCUGCACCAGUCCCAGUGCCCAUUCCUGUUCCAAAGACUCUAGAGGAACCUGAUGGGAACAGAAUCAAACAAGGGGAUGAGGUGACGAUCCGACUCAAACUAGAUGUAUCUACUGGGUACCGUAAGACAGAGAACCGCAUGUCGACAUUUGGUGUCCCGUUGGACUUUCAUGAACUGCCGCACCUGGUUCAGACCAGCAACCCUCCUGCUGGUCCUGCAGAGACUGCGAUUGCAACAACCAGCAGGAAUACAUACAUCACAGAUGGUGGUCUGAACAAAAAACAGCCCCACCUGCUGGGGUGCCUGGAUGACCACAAGGACUCUGUCAAACCUCGAGUUCCCACCUUCAGUCCAGCAGACCCGCUCUCUGUAUCACGACCCCAGAGCCAACCCAUACCGGUAGAGAUGCCAGUGGUCCCUGUGGUCCCCGUAGUCCCCCCCAAUAACAAUAUUCAAAGCACAUCUUCACUGUCUGAAAGUUUCCCUGACAACCAGGAUGCCCUGGUGGAGCCAGAGGAGGAGGCGGCAGAGGACGAGAUGAGCGUGGAGGAGAGCAGCAAGGAGGAGGAGGAUUUACUGAAGGUGCAAGAUUCAAACCACAUUUACGAGUCCAUCCAAGACCUAAACCUGGACCUGGAGUCUCUGGUUGGAAAAAAAGUGAGUCCUGGACCUGGACCUGAACUUGCACCUGCCCCACCUCCCACACAGGACCACAGCUCGCUCAGCCAUAACUCACCCAUCUAUGCAAACAUCUCUGUGAAGAAAACAUCUCACGACUCUCACGACCUCCUUAUUCCACCACCUCCAACCGAGCCCGCCCCCUUUCCCACAGGCCACACCCCUUCUUCUUCAGUCUCUUCCUCUGACAUAAUAAGACCCGCCUCCCCCAUUAGCCCGCAGGAUGAGUGGCAGGUUCACACGGACAACGACAGCGGGAAGAUGUUUUAUUUCCAUCCUGUGACGAGACAAACGACCUGGACCGACCCCAACAGCUCCACAGCACCCCCUGCUGCACUGGCCUCCCCUUCACAGCUGCUCUCCCCCGCUUCCUCUCAGGGUUCUUGUUGUUGGGAGCAGCUACUGGACGAAGCCUCUGGGAGAUUUUACUACUUCAACCUAACCACACGAGCCACAUCCUGGACUGCACCUGAGCCACUCUCCCCCUCCUCCCCCCUGUGGUCGCCAAGCAACAGGAAGCAUGACGACAGCCCGCCUCCACUGCCAGAGGAAGAUUAUCCUUUAGAGGGAGCUAACGACACUGCGUUUACAACGAAUCCUCAGCAGCCCGCGGGUCUAAUUCCUAGGGUUCAGAUGGAGUUGAAAGUUGGAAACUCCUCGGAGUGGAAGCUGCAGGAGCCCCCAAGGAGGACGGGAAAUGGAGUUUCUGAGGAGGGAACGACUCUGCAGGUCAGCAGCUGGAGACACAGUGUGGCCGAAGACACGUUUGCUCUCGGUCACAGGAGAAACAUCUCUGACGUCACUGAGGUGUCGAAUAGAAGACUUUCACCCGACAGUUCACAAUUCUCUGAUAGGCACAGACUGAAGAGGAAUCUGUCCAUUCGGAGCACAGACUCCCACCAGCUGCAUGGCCAUCUGCUGGAGAAAGCAGGAAUCAUCAAUAAGACCAAAGUAGUCGAUAACGGCAAAAGGAUCAGGAAGAACUGGAGUCAGUCCUGGACCGUACUGCAUGGUGGGAUCCUCACCUUCCACAGAGACCCCAAGUCUGCUCCGACUGGGAACGCUAGUAAAGCGUCACAGAUUGUUCCAGAGUACACGGUGGACCUGAGAGGUUCUUCAGUCAGCUGGGCCGCCAAAGACAAGUCCUCAAAGAAGAACGUUCUAGAGCUGAAGACUCGACAGGGUUGUGAGUUCCUGAUGCAGUACGACACCGAGAGCAUCAUCAGUGACUGGCUCAAAGUCAUCCAGGACGCCGUCAGACAACUGGAUAUCGAUGUGGUGACGGAGGACGAGGACGACACAGCGUCGGACAGAGAGGACAAAGAGCGCAGGAGGACGUCCACCAGGGGUUCGUCAGGUGUCGACUCGGAGCAGAGACGAGUUCGGACCAAACUCAGACGCUUCCUCCAGCGGCGGCCGACGCUGCAAAGCGUCAAAGAGAAAGGAUACAUCAGAGAUAAUGUGUUCGGAUGUCACCUGGACACACUGUGUCACAGAGAGCACACAACCAUCCCCACAUUUGUACAGAAGUGUAUCAGAGCGGUAGAGCGGAGAGGUGCACACACUC